ACCGAAUCAUGACAUAACCAGUGCAGCGGGUGACGGUCGACAGAACCUGAUUUCUUUUUAUUCUCACGACUAACUGUGUAUUAUACCCUAGCUUUGCCAGUUGACAUUGUUGGGCUAGAGUUUUCCUGCCGUACGUCGAGACACCAUGGAAAACCCUGUGAAGAUUGAGCCGAUGGCUUUCGAAGACGAGGCUGUCUUGCAUGCUAAGUGGCCCAGCAUUGACGAGGUUCGCGCUUCGAAUCCCAUCAAGGGAGUCGCUGCCAAGUCAGAAGGGGGCGAUCGGGUUCUAGAGGUAGAAUGGGCGUCAGGGGAGAGGCAGGUGUAUCCCUGCAUGUGGCUCAGGGACCACUGCCGUUGUACUAUUUGCUUUCACGCCGAGCACCAAACCCGACUUACAGAUUUCAUGGAACUUGAUCUCAAUAUCGACAUCAAAACGGUGACGGUGAAUGACGUCGACCAGACGAUCGCCAUCACAUGGACAGACGAUCACCAAAGUCUGUAUUAUGCCAACUGGUUGCUAUGCAACCGCUUCGACCAAACAGAAGCAGAUCCCAUCCGGAGCAUUGAACCUGCAUACUGGGAUGCGAGUACGUUGGAGAAUGACCACAUGCGCACCUUCAAAUAUUCAGACGUCAUCGAUUCAGAUCACGUGUUGUACGACAUGCAAAUGCAGCUGAAGAGAGUGGGCCUGGUCUUAAUACAAGGCACACCUGCUGAGAAGGGUCACAUGAUGAAGCUAAGCGAUAGGAUUGGCUACAUCUGUGGUACGUCAUACGGAACGACUUCACAAAUCUACGGAAGUAGCGAUUGGGCCUUUGGUCACCCAUCGUACGGCCUAGAGUACCGACCUCUGCACUCAGACUAUUCUUUCAUUGAUGAUUCACAUGGGGUCUUCGCCAUGCAUUGCAUCAGUCAGAUCGACGGUAAGGGCGGUGAAUAUUUCUUUGUAGAUGGCUACAAGGCUGCCCAAGACCUCCAGAAGACCAACCCGGAAGCCUUCCAGCGUCUUACCAAACCCUGCUGGGAGGGACGGGUCAAAGCCUGGGUCGUCAAUGACAAGCAUUACCACCACAGCGUCAGCGCACCAAUUAAACUCAAUGAAGCCGGUGAAGUUACCAAGCUCACUCUCUGUGACUUCUGGAGGACGUCCGUCAUGAGACUUCCGGUGGGCGAGGUGUGUGAUACCUACCGGGCGUUGAGGGCGCUAAAGGACCUUUUAUAUCGCAAGGACCACACCUUCUGCCAUAAUCUACAGCCAGGUGACAUGAUGCUAAUACAUAAUCACAGACUUCUCCAUGGAAGAAAGGAUUAUCAUGACACGAAGCCCUCUACAGUCCAUCUCGAGACAGGCUACUUUAAGUGGGACAGCUUUGAUACCCGGAUGCGAAAGGUGAAAAUGAAUUUAGACAAAAAAGAAAAAAGUAACAACUCCACGGCUUCGAAAGUCAACGGUCACCAGAGCAACGGAAUUCAAAGAUAAAACAUGGACAGUUAUUUAUUUAUCAGUUUCCUUCAGAGCAAGGUGAACAGGAAGGAUAUCAAUCGUCGGAAGUCCGAUUGGGUUAAUGCCAGCUGACAGGUCAAUGUCAAUGCAUUAAAAGUUCUGAAUUGAUAUUGAAUUGAAUUGAUAUCUUUAUUUAUACACGGUUAAAAAAAAAAGAACAAACAGUUACAAGACUGAUUUCCAUUGGGGCCGUGUGAAACAAUGUAAAUACAUAGAAUUAACAUAAAAAUGACAAUGGUACGUCAAAUGACAUAUAUUUAAAACAAACAAGAAAUAAUCAAGAUAAAUAUUAAAACAAAUAACGAUAGAAUAGUACUGCCGAAUAAUCAUGAGUGUCCAAACAAGAGUGCUGUAAAUAUACUUAAAAUUUGAAUUCAAAUUGGUAAUAAGAAUUGUUACUAGUGCAUAUAAACUGCCAGAAAUGAUGUAUAAAAGAAUCAAAUGUGGUUGGUCAAGAUACUGCAUUAUCAUUAAGGAUAUGACUACAAUUUUUUUUUAAAGUCAGUUAAAGAACACUUAGAAAGUGAAGUAAAGUCGAUGGAUUAAGUCCAAAAGUUAUUUAAUUCUCUGAGCUAAACAAAAUAACUCAAUAGAUCAGAUUUGGGAUGAGAAUUUCUUCAAAUAAGAAGAGAAAAUAAAAUGUUCUUUUCUUUCGAAGGACUCAAUAUUCGAAUAAUACCAAAAGAGAAAUUCAAUAUUUCGGCCGAGUAUACGUAUAUAUAACAAAGUCUAUUAUUCACAACGGUGAAAUUGAAGUUUAUGGAAUUAAUAUGGAUCAUAUUUGAGAGUUUAUAAUGCCUGCAUGUUUAAAUUGUCAUGUGAAUUGUGUUUACUAUAUUUAUAAUAAUGUCGCAUUUUAUUUCAUAAAUAUUAUUGGAUAUAAUGCGUUAUAUUUUACAUAUCAGUAUGAUUAUAUAUUAUAAUGUCUCUUAUACCAUGACAAAUUAACCUACUAUACAGUAUAUGUAUUUGUCAUGCUUACCAUAUUUAAAAUAUUGUUGCAUUUUAUUUUACAAACAUUAUUGGAUAUAAUGUGUUAUAUUUUAUGUAUCGGUAUAUACUCUUAUACCAUGAAAAAUUAACCUAUUAAACAGUGUAUGUAUAUUUGUCAUGCUUUGUUAGAAGAUGAUUAAAAGAAGGAAACAAAUAUCACAUUUCAA